GGUGCUCUUGCUUUAUUCGAUCCAAAAUAAUGUAACCAGUGUUUGUGGAAUUUCUGGGACGCAGGAAGCUGCUCCACUGCUCUGUACAGUCUCACGUACCAUGGUGCGGGCAAAGGAGCGGUGGCUCACGAUCGCAGCGUGGAACGGUAUCAUCAGGUUGGCGGUCGCCGUCAGGGUGGCCGUGGAAUUCCAUCAGCGGAUCGCAAACAACCCCAUGGCAGCACCCGCACUCAUGCGCACCGCCGCAUACCUUUGCACCAACGCUGCGGCAGCGGUACUGCUGCUUGGCAUUGUUCUUUAUGACACGGAUGCCAACCCGCUGUCCCACUACGUCCUGGUAUUUUUCUACACCGUUGCCAUUUAUGAGCAUCGCCAGGCGUUUCGCGACGCUCUCGAACUGGUUCGAACCCCUGCGGAGGCGCUGAACUACACCUGUUCCGUGUGGUGCGCCUCCGCAGGGUUCUGGCUGACUUUGUUUAUCGCCCUGGGUUUCAUCUGGUGUGUCAUACUUCCAUCCUCCUGGAGCGAAACCUGCGUCGGCCUUUUGGAACUGUUGCUUGCCGCUUCAGACAAUGCCGCUGUUUUCAACGCGGAAACUCUGCUCCCCGAUUUCUGGCCGUAGAGGUCAGCGCCUGCGGCCACCCGGUCCACCAACGAAGGCCUCAAGUUGUCACCUAGGCGGUUUUGUCGGUUGACGACCCGACGCGCGAGCCAGACCGCCGUUUGAUGUCCUAUAUGUUUCCUUUGAAUGAUGUAUCAUUGGAAAGUUAUCUUUUUCUACAUUUCAAAUAUAUUUAUAAAAACAAUCAACUUUUAGUAUAUGGGGAGGGGUAGAGAAAAAUAAAUGUUAUUUACAC